UUCUGUUUCAGUGAAAUAAUUCCAUUCUGUGUUGAACACCUGUCAACGUUCAAGAACGGAGGGUAGCCAAUCCUGUUUCUGUAUUUAACAUAGGGGCGGGCCACACUCAUAUAGGCUACCUAAAGCAAACCUUCUAUGUACACUGCUACUUCUGGUUUGGGGAGAUGGCGUCGUUGGCAGCAAUAGAGCCAGGGCUAAGCCCGGGGACAUUACCGAAAGAGGAAUCAGUAGUACCAGUUUCUAUAUUCGCACCGGACUGUGGGGAUGACCUUUCAGGGACAGAGUGCUUCGAAGACGGAGAGAAUGUUAACGGCGAGUCCGAGGAUCAUUUAGACUUUACUAGCAAGCUGACUCUGGUCAGCCCCACAGGAGAACAGUAUGACUCGUUACUACGGCAACUCCGAGAGAGGAUGGAUGAAGGAUGUGGGGAGACCAUUUAUGUGGUGGGAGUGGGCUCAGACGGAGGUGACUAUGGUCUGGACGAGGGGGACAUGGAGGCGUCAGUGGCCACGGUUCAAUCCCUGUGUGAGCAGAUAGAGGCAGACAUGAUCCUGCUGAGAGAACGUAGCGACGCAGGGGGGAAAGUACGAGACUACCUCAUCCGCCGACGGGUCGGAGAGGAGGACUUCCUGGAAGUGAGGGUGGCGGUGGUGGGUAACGUGGAUGCCGGUAAGAGCACCCUGCUGGGGGUGUUGACCCACGGGGAGCUGGACAACGGCAGGGGGUUCGCCAGGCAGAAGCUCUUCCGACACAAACACGAGAUGGAGAGCGGCAGGACCAGCAGUGUGGGGAACGACAUCCUGGGCUUUGACCAGGAGGGACAUGUGGUGAAUAAGCCAGAUAAUCACGGGGGCAGUCUGGACUGGACUAAGAUCUGUGAGAGGUCCUCUAAGGUCAUCACCUUCAUAGAUCUGGCCGGCCAUGAGAAGUACCUGAAAACCACUGUGUUUGGAAUGACCGGACAUCUACCAGACUUCUGUAUGCUCAUGGUGGGCAGUAAUGCAGGUAUUGUAGGGAUGACCAAGGAGCAUCUAGGUUUGGCUCUAGCCCUGAAUGUACCAGUCUUUGUAGUGGUCACCAAGAUAGACAUGUGUCCAGCCAACAUCCUAGCAGAGACACUGCAUCUGUUACAGAGGUUACUGAAGUCCCCAGGAUGUAGAAAGAUCCCCGUACUGGUUCAAAACAAAGAUGACGUUAUCGUCACUGCAUCCAACUUCAGCUCAGAGAGGAUGUGUCCAAUCUUCCAGGUCUCCAAUGUAACAGGAGAUAACAUGGAUCUUCUGAAGAUGUUCCUCAACCUACUGUCUUCUAAAACCUCCUAUAGAGAAGAUGAGCCUGCCGAGUUCCAGAUCGAUGACACCUACUCAGUACCGGGUGUGGGCACAGUAGUGUCCGGCACUACGUUACGUGGAUUGAUACGACUGAAUGACACGCUGCUGCUCGGCCCAGACCCCCUGGGCAGUUUCCUCUCCAUCGCUGUCAAAUCUAUCCACCGCAAGAGGAUGCCUGUCAAAGAGGUCCGGGGGGGACAGACCGCCUCCUUCGCGCUCAAAAAGAUCAAGCGUUCCUCCAUCAGGAAGGGGAUGGUGAUGAUCUCUCCCAGACUAACACCUCAGGCUACCUGGGAGUUCAUGGCUGAGAUACUGGUCCUGCACCACCCCACCACCAUAUCCCCACGAUACCAGGCUAUGGUGCACUGUGGCAGCAUCAGACAGACAGCCACCAUUCUGACCAUGAACAGAGACUGUCUACGUACCGGGGACAAGGCCUCAGUCCACUUCAGAUUCAUCAAGACCCCCGAGUACCUCCACACAGACCAGAGACUGGUGUUCAGAGAGGGACGCACCAAGGCUGUGGGCACCAUCACCAAGCUGCUCCAGUCAGUCACCAAGGCCCAGCAAGCCAAGAUGCAGUCCACUAAGAAGGGCACCACGUCAGCCAAUGAGGAGGCAGGAUCGGCACCGCGGCCUGACAGCCCCAGCGCAGGACAGCUACCGACAGUGGGGGAGGAGGAGACGCUAUGUAAAGACGGCAACAAAGAGAACCAGCCCAAGUCAGGAGGUGGAGGCAGGAGGAGAGGGGGUCAGAGACACCGAGGAAAAGCCCUGAACAGCACAGCCUCACCAACAUCACAACAACACACACCAGCUGCAGCAGGAGUGAGCACCACUGCCUAACCCCCCCCCC